AAUACCAAUGCGGAAGUGUUGCGACAAGAGCCUCUCCUGCCUUUUGGUAAACAUGUCUCGUGUGGCUAAGAAGCGAAAAUUCGAUAAAACCCGACAAGACAACCUUUAUUUUGAUAGCUAUUCCGAUGUGACAAUACACGAAGAAAUGAUAGCGGAUCAUGUACGAACCAAUACGUACAGAUUGGCCAUUCUGAAGAAUAGCGAAUCGAUUCGAGGGAAGGUUGUGCUGGACGUCGGGGCAGGAACCGGCGUUUUAAGCAUGUUCUGCAUCCAAGCCGGUGCAAAGAAAGUCUACGCCGUUGAAGCGUGCUCCAUUGCCGAGCAAGCUGUGAAAAUAGUCCAACAGAAUAACAUGGAGGAUAAAAUCCAAGUUAUACGAGGGACUGUUGAGAGUGUUGAGCUACCGGAGAUGGUGGAGGUGAUAGUUAGCGAGUGGAUGGGUUAUGCGCUCCUGCAUGAGUCGAUGCUCAACUCGGUGCUGUACGCGCGUGACAAGUGGUUAAAAAAGCCCAACGGGAUCAUUCUGCCCGAUAAAGCCGAACUUUUCAUCACGCCCAUCUGUGAGCCAAUCGUGGAGGACCGCCUACACUUCUGGUACACCGUCAAAGACAAUUACGGCGUUGACAUGUCAUCCAUGAGUGACUUUGCCAGGAAAUGCAUCAAGAACUCCGAUAUUUCUGUCAGCCCGGUGACCGGCGAGGACGUGUUGUCCCAUCCGGCCCGGUUCGCCGAGCUGGACCUUUACACCACCACAGCGGAGCACCUGCGAUCGGUCAAAGGUCACUUCAGGUGCGAGUCUUUUGGCUCGGCUCUCGUCAACGCAUUCUGUGUCUACUUCAGCGUCUCCUUCCCGGGUCCGGACAAACAGCAACCACUCGUUCUCUCGACGUCUCCGUUCAAACCUGAGACUCACUGGAAACAGGCUGUUUUGUACCUGGAUGAACCCGUGGAUGUGAUGCAAGACACACUGGUGACCGGGGAGAUCAACAUGUACCCAUCGGAGGAAAGUGACAGACACGUAUGCAUCCACCUGGACUACACGAUCGGAAAACAGAAAACACACUCCAAGACCUUUUCCAUCCCUGACUGGACCGCUGAAACAUUGUCGUAGUUUGCCGUACUCUGAAACAAUUAAGUUGGUGUGAUAGUAGAACAAUAGUCUUUAUUAGUUUAGGGCGUUAUGGAAAGUUGUUGGAUUUAUGAAAUAUUGAUAUGAAUAUGCAUGCAUUUUUAAAUAAAAUCAUAU